AUGCAGUCUCAUGGGCCAUUGCCGAGGGUUGCAUCGCCCGCCCUUAAUCCCGGGAUUCCCAAACGAAGAAAAAUAAGCUUGCUCGAUUUGUACAGCGCUUUUACGCAGGCAUCAACCAGCCCAAGCUUCUGCACUGUGGCGGUGAUGCCACACUACGACCUACAUUGGUUCGAUAUGAUAUGCCUUGUCCACAAGGCCCCCCUUGUCCGGGGCGAUACCAGCCUCUUUAUCCAGAUCGGGAUCACCCGUGGACGAAUGUACCCGUGGUUCCUCUGGUUCCUCUGGCCAGCAGCUUAUGUGGGAGACACGGGCUAG